AUGAACCAGGUGUCAAAUCUGCCGAUGCGUGACCUGUGCGUGGGCUGCUCUGACUGCUACACCGCGUCGCAGGGCCACACCAAGACCAAGGGCAACUUCGCAAAGGCCGCCUUCAACGCCAUCGCGAAGAGCUACGGCUUCCUCACGCCCGACCUGUGGAAGGAGACCCGCUUCCACAAGAACCCGUACCAGGAGCACACCGACUACCUCGCCAAGACGCACACCCCGCGCAAGGCGACCUCCUCGAUGCUGAUCCCGCGGGAGCCGUAG